GGAUGAUGCAUGAGUGGGCAUGGGGGCAUGGUGAUCUCGCCAAGACCAUAAGAGGUAUGCUGAGAAUAUGGAUGCUGGCUGCUCUUCGCACAGUCAUACUCUGUGUUCUACAGCCUCCGAAGCACUAGAUUGCAUUCGCAGGUCACAGCAGCUUUCACCAUUCAUCGACUGUUGGCUGUACACAGACCGCAAUGCAGUUGUCAUCAGCACCACACCACGCACACACAUCGGGGACCCCGGCCCGCUUGCCGAUCCCAAAAUGACGGCAUCCUCUCCACCUCCAUCCCGACAUCGCUCCAUCUCUCUACGAUGUCCGACGACAACAUCGUGCACCACGCAGACAGCGCCGCGGCAUGGGACCGCGCCACGCGCCUGCGGGACCUCAUCCACCCCCCGGUGAUCCGGCAGUGGAUCGCGGGCGGCAAGCUGUUCCGCGAGCGCGGCGAGCGCGCGUCCCCGCGCAUCGAGCUGUUCCUGGACCUGCUGUACGUCGGCGUGGUGCACCAGCUGGCCGAAGCGGCGGUGGCGGAGCCGAGCGCGCGCGGCGUCGCGCGCUUCGUCCUCACCUUCUGGCCGAGCUGGAGCGUGUGGGAGGAAGCGCGCCGCUACUCCAACGUCUCGGGCACGGACGACCUCGUGCACCGCAUCUGGGUGCUCGCCGGCAUGGUGUGUAUUCUGGGAUACACGGCGAACGCGAGCGCGAUCCCGCUGCGCGAUGCGCCGGGCGGCGGCGUGCCCUCAACCACGAAACUAGACAGCACGCCCGUGCAUGCCGCCGCGGCGUUUUUCCUCCUCAUCAAAGCGACGCGUGUGCUCGUCCUCUUCCUCUAUGCGUGGUGGCUGCCGGCGUUCCGCGCCGCGCAGGCGCUCACCGGCGUCGCGGUCCUCAUCCCCAUGUUCGCGUACACCCCGCUGCUGUGGGUGCGUGCGCGGCGCGCGCAAGUCGCGUGCGCGGUCGCCGGCAUCGCGCUCGACCUCAUGCGCGUAGACAUGAUCCUGUACAAUGUAUAUGGGCGGUGGCUGCUGCUGCGCCGCCGACGCGACGUGCGGCGCCAGAUCGCGGCCGGCGAGCUCGACCCCGCCCGGGCGCCCGACACCAGUCUGCCGCUGUUCAAGAUGGUCGCGCUGCCGGACCGCAUCCGCAUCCCAGCCAUCAACAUCGAGCACUCGGUCGACCGGAGCGGCGCGUUCACCGUCCUUGUCCUUGGCGAGCUCGUCGCCAACCUCCUCUACAUCGCCGAGCCGGGCGAGUAUGGCGCCGGCGCAAAGUUCCAGAAGGCGUCGUUGGGGUUCAUGGUGGCGUGGGCGAUCAACUACUUGUACACCCUCCCCUCGGACACGCAUCUUAUACGAUACACGCACGCGCUCCGGCGCUCGUGGCUGACGGGGAUUUUGUUCAACUUCUUCCAUUGGCCGCUGUGUGCCUCCAUCGUCCUCGCCGCCGCGGCGAGCAACAAGAUGGUGAACAGCUCGGCGAUCGUCGACCCGGGCGUUAAGUGGUUCUGGGGAUGCGGGCUCGGCGCCGCGCUUCUCUUCCUCGGCCUCAUCGACCUGCUGCAUGGCGAGCAAGAGGCAUGGAAUGUCGCGCGUAUUCCGAGGGUGAGUGAUAGUCACCAGGGGACACGGGUCGGGUCGGGAGGCGCUGGUGGGAGGGUAGUGGGACGAGAAGAGUGGGGAGGAAGUGGGAUGCGAUUGGGCCGGGUCCGAGAAUCUACGAAGAAGUUCGCUGCGUGACUGUCGCGUCGACGUUUGGUUUAGCGUCGCGUCGGCGAGUUACGGCCCGGCGUCACCAUUCCGCCGAUCUGCCAUCUUCGUCCCCAGCCCCGUGCCGCUCCGCCCCGC